AUGGCGACAUCUUAUGGUCGAUACGUGAACACUUUCUUUUUCCGAAGUCGGAGGAGCAGUGGAGGAGACGAUGAGCCCGCUCGUUCACCCCCAGGCCGAGGGGAGUGCAUCCCUGGCGAGCCGACCAAGCCACGGCUCGAUGAUGAGGCAGAGCCAGUGCGAGUUAGCACGGAUCUCUUUAGGCUACGCUGCGCAUGUACGGCCAGCCAAACCGAGCAUUGCAUCGACUCCAAGAUGGCGAUAACACGUCUGGCUUGCCUCCUGACUCUGCUCUCAACUCACUGCUACCUCAGCGUGUUAGCAGUGGUACUGAAAACAAACGACGAGUCACCAUGGACCAACGAGUUUGAAUCAAUUGAAUUAUCGUGUUUGAUCGAGUCCAUCUCCACUACCAACCCCAGAAUUGAGUGGAAGAAGAUACAGCAUGGAGGACCAAGUUAUGUUUUCUUUGACAAGAAGGUCUCAGGUGAUUUGGAGAAUAGAGCAAGGAUCAGAGAACCCGCAACACUAGUGAUAACCAACGCCACAAGAUCAGACACAGCAAAAUAUCGUUGUGAAGUCACUGCCCCUGAUGACCAGAAGUCCUUUGAUGAGAUUGUGAUCGACCUCGUCGUAAGAGUAAAGCCGGUGGUGCCAAAAUGCAGCGUCCCCAAAUCUGUGCCUGUCGGGAAGUCAGCUGAGCUUCGCUGUGUGGAGGAAGAGGGCUUCCCCAAGUCCCAGUACCAGUGGUUCAGGAACAGGGAGGAGAUUCCCGACGACCCAAAGACCAGCCCCAAGUUCUUCAACUCCUCAUACACGCUCAACUCAGAAACAGGAACUCUGAAAUUCAGUGCUGUCAGAAAAGAUGAUGCAGGAGAGUACUACUGCCGAGCGAAGAACGACGCAGGACACGCAGAGUGUGGACCGCAAAUGAUGGAAGUCUAUGACAUUAACAUUGCAGGCAUUAUACUGGGAGUGCUGGUGGUGGUCGUAGUGCUCUUGUGUAUAACAGUGGGGAUCUGCUGCGCAUACAAGCGAGGCUACUUCACCAGCCAAAAACAGACGGGGAACAAUUACAAAGUCCCAGCUAAAGGAGAUGGAGUAGACUAUGUCAGGACAGAGGACGAGGGCGAUUUCCGACACAAAUCCUCGUUUGUGAUCUGAAAAGGGGAGAAGGAGGAUGAGGAGCGAUUUGCUCAGGAGUCAAAAGGCAUGACAUGUUGGACUGCACUCCAAGCUGUUUGACCAGGGAGCUGCCAUCGUUCGUGUCCCACGCUCUCGGCAUGACUCAAACUAUUCAAGUUUGCCAAAGGUGACAAGUUUUCACAGGACAACAGUAUGUAGAGGUAUUUACACAGAUAGGGACUGAAAUUCAUUUGUUGACCUUAUCACCACCAACUGACUUACGUAGCUAAAUUAUGGAGUUCUUACUUUACAGUUACUGCAUGGUUUUAAAACUUCAACACUAAUUGAGGAAAAAAAAAUUAUGUGAGGUGUUCCGCCAGGUACAAAAGGAGGAGUUUUUCUUCUCUAAAGUCAAUCAAUCAUGAAACAUUUCUACUGUAUACAUUUUGCUUCAGACCUUGUCAUUUGUAUAACAUUUCUUUUCUACUGUUGAAAUUUGUCAGACUAUUUUUGAUGGAAUAUAUUUUAAAAUGCCUAUAGAUAAAGGUUUACUUUUUUAAAUAUUUGUAAAAUACUAACAUGUGUUUUUUAUUUGGUUGUGGAUAAAAAAAUAUUUAACACUUUAACCACUUCUCAUCGAGCUGUAAGCAUUUACACAUUUGCAAAUGAAAGAUAGGAGUUAGUCACGUGAGAAAUGACAUGUAUUAGCAUAUCAAGAUGUGUGUCUUGAUCAGCGGUCUUAUAUAUUUGAUUUCUCGGCUGGGGACUGCCCAGUUUAUGUUGCGAGAGACUUCCAUGUUGAUGUUUGUAGAUAGUCUUAGACAGCGAGAGGCUUUGAAGAGUGCCAGUCAAAUGCUGUGAAACACUGUACACAAUCAGUGCUGCGUUUUCUUGAUUUUAAGUGUCCUUCUAUGCUUGCUGUUGAUCUUGUAUAUAUUGAAUAUACUGUCCAGGACUGGGGGUUUUGCUGUCAUAAGUACGUUCAAUAUUACACUAUAAUAAUACAGGGUUUGUUAGUUAACCCUCUAGACCUGAAUCACAGCGUACUGGAAUUGUUGUUUUCUCAAAAUACUUUUUUUUAUUCCAAUGGGGGCUCAAAGAAAAUGUCUGUUGCAAGUUUUAAUAUUUUGAAAAGCUACAUACUAGACUUCCCCUACGUAUUUGCUGCUGGUGAUGACUGUAAAAGUCUUGUGCAUCAGUUGGCAAUCUCUACUUAUUGAUUUACCUAUUUUUAAGUUAUAAUUGCAAAUUUUCACAAAUUUGUUGCCACCAGUAACUCCCAAGCAAACCCAUCCGAGAUCAGCUGGUUAGCAUCCAAAAGUGAAAACGCCCCACGUCCUCUACAAAUACAUGUUAUUGAACUGAUGAGUCCACUAAAAGAUAGAUUCAUAAUUGUUAUUAAUGUUUGCUCAAAAUGAUUCAGACAUAAAUCUAGUAAAUAUUAUGCUAGCUAGAAAUUAGAUUAUGUCUAAUAUCACUACCUUGAAGUUGUUGGAUUGGAAAAUCUGAAGUGUAAUUUAGUCAUUCCUGUUUGUUGUCUAAAUUGUGUAACCUGGCAGGUAGACUUGCCUCUGAUCGCUGCAGACAUUUUUCACAACAGUAGCUAAACCCCAAAAUUUAAAAAGUCAACAUGCAGUUUUAUUACUGCAUUCAUUUCAACGAGAGCUCAUGUUUGAGUGGAAGUUGUUUCCUCAGUUUGCAGGCUCACAUAGAGAAAUGUGCCUCCACCUGAAGGCUUUACUUUAAAAUACAACUGCUAUGAGGUCUAGAGGGUCAACAGUUGUACUGAUUGUAUAUAGAUAAUUGUUGUUGUUUUUUCUCUCAAGAUUAUGUAAAGUGGUGAAAAAUAGAACACUUCCUAUCUGAGGCAAUAUGAAACUCUUUCCAUUUGUAAGACUGAAAAGAUCAACAUUUUACACGGACUUCAGUUUAUGAUGCGCCGUUAACACCUGAACGACAGCUUCUCAGUCUGAUGUGAAAUUCAUGGAUACCAAAUCAGUCGGUGUGGCCUCUUCCAUGAGGCGUUCAUGUAACAUGCCUUUUUUUACUCAGUAAAACAACACAGCGCUCCACUACAGUGUCACAGAUAAUCAUAAUAAUUACAUCAGCGUUGAUGAAUCUCUCGUUCAGGUGUUAAAACAGUGUUUUAAUCUAGAAGUGGUGUAAAGUGUCACUGAAGAUCGGUCAUGGUAGAGACGAUCUGCCCAAUGUUUGCACAUAGGAAGCUGUCAGCAUCUUUUUCCCAAGUUAACACGAUGCAUUAAGGAGCCAAGAGAAAUACUCUAAAAUGUAAAGUGUAUUAUUAACACGGUUAAGGUCACAAAUGAAUGGUUUUCCAGGUACGAGGUAUGAAGAGAUUCAAAUCACACAGCACACCGAUGUGUACACAAAUGUUCCCAUUGAAAGAGGUAUUAGUGGUUUUCAUUUGUACAAAUUUCAUUCCUCUUAAGUGCCUUUUGCUGCUGAAAUAGAUCAGCUUCUCUGCAACAUUUCUCUGUUCCAAUCAUGAUGGAGAUGAAUCCAAAUUAUUGGCUCCACGUUAAGCAUUCAUUAAAGUGCAAGCAUGGCGUUUGAGAGGAAUGAUGACACCGCAAAUUGUACAACCGAGUGUAUUGUACCAUUUCCCUUCUUUACAUAUCUGCAAAUUUGUAAAUAGCUUUUUUUUUCAUAGAUUUGAAGGUGUAGACAUGUUGACGUAGAAAUAGAAAUAUAUUAGUGCCUAAAUAUAGUGGGAAUUAUUUUUGGUAAAGACACAUAGCACUAUUACGCAAAAAGAAAAAGAUAUCUACCCAAAGUGGCAACACUUUAUCUAAAGCCUGGUUUAUAACACGUUCAUAAACUCCAGUUUUCUUGACUAACACCGAGGCAUGUUCCUUAUUCAUAAUGCCAAAUUGCUAAGGGGUCUUUUAUGUUGAAAAAGCUGGGUCAACAGACUGAAACGCUGCUCCACCGAGGUCGCAGCUGAUGUAAGAAUUGAAUCAGUAUUGAUGCCAGUGCCAUGUAGCUGUAUGUUCAGGUGUUGGACAGGUGUUGUAAACCAGAGUUCAUGUGAAGUGUCGGCCACAAAGUUUGUUAACAGACUAAGACAACUUACAAACAGGAACUCAUGUACAGUAGCUAGGCCUACAUUUAUCCCACAGGCAGCCUGAAACAAAUCUGUCUGGAGCCCGGCUCUGCGGUACCAGGCGAUUGUAGUCACCUCUCCACUUUUUAAACUCAACAACGCAGUGAGAGAAGAGUUUCCGGAGUGUAUUCUGUGUUGUGUUGGGGGGGAGGGCAGCGAAGCCAAAUGAAACUGCCAAACACACUGAUGUCUUCCAACUCAAGGAUGGCAGACUUCCACUGAUGUUGUGUCGGCAGUUUUUCUCUGAUCAGGGACUGGCGUGUAAAAUCAUGGAAGAGCUUCACACAGUCUGGAGGACAUGAUUAUCUGAACCAAGCUCACAUCCAGUAGAAUGUCCCAUCUAGGGCCCGGUGGGUGUUUUUUUUUUGUUUUUGUUUUUGUUUUUGUUGCUGUUUUUUUUUUUUUUUUUUUUUUUUUUUUUAAAUUCCUGAACCAUUCUGUUUGUGAUUAAUAAAACUCACUUCUAAUAUUACUGCA